AUGUUUCUUACAGUUGCUUCUACAGGAAACAUUUAUGGAGGGUUGAUUCUCAAGAAGUUCAUGAAAGAAAUGCUAUAUACACUCCAAUCUAUACUGCCUGGAUUCUCUGCAAAGCUGAAUUGGACUUCAGAAGAAAUCAGCCAUUCUCAGCACACAUCAGGGCCAGGAUGCCUCCAGAUGAUUUUUGAGGUUGAUGAAAAUCUCACAACUUUGGUGACAGGUAGUCUGGUUAUAAAGAAUUUUUUACACAAAAUCAUUAUGGUGCACCCUAAGAUUAGAUUUAAUUUCAAUGUAAAUUUGAAUGGAAUCUUCUCCAAAGAAAUCUUUGGAGCAGAGAAUGAGCCUACUUUGAGCCUGCCGGGUGGAGUGGCCCUUGUUGUGAGCGCUCAGCACUAUGUGAGUAUACCAAAAUUUGGUACAACAAAAUUAGUCUGCAGUAGAAUCCAUCCUGUGCUAGGACAUCCGGUAAUGCUUUUCAUUCCUGAUGACGUGGCUGAGAUGAGGUUUCUGGGAGAGCUGAUAUUGACUCCAGCUGCUGCUCUGUGUCCCUGCCCAAAGGUCUUUUCUAACCAGCUGAGUGGAAUUUCUUCAGUUUCUCUAUUUCUGUAUGGACCUUCAGGCCUUCCUUUGAUAUUUCCAACUGAGGAGCAGAAAACUACUACUGUCUUCAGAGAUGCUUCUUAUUUCAUUGACUGGAAGAAGUACCAUUUGUGUAUGGUGCCAAAUUUGGACUGCAACUUGGACAGAGAUUUGGUGCUUCCAGAUGUGAGUUAUCAGGUGGAAUCCAGUGACAGUGGUCAGACUCAACACAUGGACCCUCAAGGACAAACUCUGCUGCUUUUUCUCUUCGUGGAUUUUCACAGUGGACUUCCAGUCGAGCAAAAGGAACUCUGGGGCGUCCACACUUGGCUUACAACUCACCUCAGUAGCGUCCUCAUGGAGAGCCGCGGCGCAGUGCAGAACUCCCUCCAGCUCACCGUGGACCGCGUCCUGGAGCAGCGUCGCCUGGCUACCAAGGCUCAUCAGACACUGCAGACCUCCCUCUCGGUGGCUGUGAAUUCCAUCUUGCGCAUCGUGACUGAGAGCACCAGCAGCAGCUUUCGAAACAUCUGUCUCCAGACUCUGCAAGCGACUGACACACAGGAGUUUGGGACCAAACUGGACAAAGCAUUUCAUGAGAUCAUCCAGCACCAAUUUCUUCACCACUCCUCAUGUGAAGUGAAACAGGUGCAUCCAGAGAGCAGCGGUGUGGCGCGGAGAGCCAGGGACACACUGCAGAGCAGCAGCCCCGAGCUCCGUGCAGGUAAGGCUUCAGCUGGCCGGGCGAGCCCGGCACCUUCCAUGACACGGGGAUGGUUCAAAGGGCGAGUGCGUGUUAGUGGGAGCCUGGGUUCCAUCACCGGCACCCCAUGCUUUCCUGGCAGUCCGGGGGGGAAAAAAAAAAAAAACCUGCUCCUCAAACACAGCAACGUCAUUCUGGGCCACUGGGGUCUUUGGAGGUCAGUGGCAGGCAUUCCCUCCCCAGAGCUGCCGUGAGGGGACUAGAGCUGUGUCACGGCUUGUGCAACAGGGCUCAGGGUCUAGGUUAGGACAGAUGGGGAAAUUGCGGCAAAGGUGUCAAAUAAUUUUUUUUUUUUUUUGCUUUUUGGGUCACACCCGGCGAUGCUCAGGGGUUACUCCUGGCUCUGCACUCAGGAAUUACUCAUGGCAGUGCGCGGGGGACCCUAUGGGAUGCUGGGAAUCAAACCCGGGUCGGCUGCAUGCAAGGCAAACGCCCUACCCGCUGUGCUAUUGCUCCAGCCCCGGUGUCAAAUAAAUGUACCCAAGGUCAAACGGCUAGAAAACGGUAGUGCCAGGAUUCAAGCCAGGUUUCGUGGCUCGUCUGUCUCUGGAAAGCCUGAGCAGGGCCCUCCCCCGCGCGCUGAGUCCCUGGAGAAGCUGCACCUGGGCUGCGGGGAGCUGGGGGCUGACUUGAGCACCUGCGCUCUGGGGUCACGAUCAGUCACGCUGCACGUUGCCUCUGCUCCGUCGUGCUCCUGAAUCAUCCGCCGUGGAAGCGUGCCUUGGGCGCUGUGGGGGCUGCUGCUGCUGCUGCUGGAGAGAAUCCCGAGUGAAGACUUGCUAAAGCAAGAAGUCUAUUUUUACAGAUUUAGAUGAGGAGCUUUAGGAGAGUGGAAGUAAAUACCACAUUCACGUCAGUAUUUGCACAGCGAGGACAAAAACAUAAGGACUUCGCCUUAGAAGGAAGGAAUUCACUUCGAAGCGGCACUGACAGCAGAUCCGGAGGCCACUGGCCUCUUGCAGUGACCCCCUCAUUCACGGCUCUGGGGUGAGCGGCACAGUUGAGGUCAGGGGGGAGCUUGAGCCAGAGCUCUGCACGGUGGCCCUGACCCGCGCAGCCCCCGGCCUUGGCUACUUAACAGCUCCCCUGGAAACCCCAUCCGUGCUCACCAGCUGCUUCCCAACAUCCCAGAAGCUGACACCCGCCCUUCAUCUCAUCACAGAGGCCUGUUCUGGCCUCUAAAGGCUCCGAGUCUAGGGGUGCCUCCAUCUCCGCAGAUGCGCUUCUGAUCCGACUUCAAACUACAUGUGUGCCUGGAAGAUCUUAAAGCAAAAUUAACGCUUUAUCGUGGAACUCUCCACUGCUCGCCCUACAUCAGAACCUGAUUCUAGCCACCCGCUUCGUGCAGAACCUUGCAUCAAUCAGUGUGGGGUACAGACGGAGGCUUUCGGGCACUUCAAAUCUCCCAGGCCCGGGGCUGGAGCGAUAGGACUGUGGGUUGGGCACUUUCCUUGGGCGAGCCUCAUCCCGGGUUCAAUCGGCAUCCCAUAAGGUCCCCCACCCUAGCACUGCCAAGAAUAAGCCCUGAGCGUCGCCCGGUGUGGCACCACUAAAAAAACUUAAAAAAAAAAAAAAAAAAAAAGAGCUUUCAGGGAAAGGAAUUUCCUCUUCCCAUGCCGGUCCGGCACAUCCUCACGCCCUCGGACAGUGCCCCUGAGCAGCCCCGACCCGUGGCGGCCUGUGGGCGCCGCCAGUGCAGCGCGGGCAGGGUGGGAAGGAGGGAAGAAGUGCGGGGGCUUGGGGAGAGCCCGAGUUGGGCUGAGGGCGGAGCUGGCGGCGCCGCCUCCCCGGAACAGCCGUGUGCCCGGGGUCCCGCUGCCCCGCGCCCGCUCCGCGCCCCGACUCUUUCCUAGGCGCUGCCCGGCCAGAAGCGAAGAGGCUCCGGAGGGGCGACCCCGGCCCGGGUCCGGAGGAGUCGCCGGCCGUCGGCGGCGCGGGGAGCGGCCUGGAGGUGCAGGCGCGGGUGCAGGGACGCGCUGUGGCUGCAGGAGGUGGCCAACCUGUCCGAG